CCUCCUUCCCUGCUUCCACCACUGGAAGAAACAGGAACUAAGAGAAGGAAAAGACGGACAUCCCCGCUAUUAAAGGCCCAGAGAAAAAGAAGAAACGCAGUGUGUUGUGUACUAUGUGAGGUUAAAAAAAGAGAGAAGAGAAGUAGCAUAUCAACCAUUAUCCCUCCUCCUCCAUCCAUCCCACAAGGGAAGAAAAGGAAAAAAAAGGCCCCUAAAAGAAUCACACCAUGAGGAAAGAUGGAGGAGGAGGAGGAGGAGGAGCCACCCCUGCCGCUCCCAUCCCCCUCCCUUGCUUUGAUCUCAAGCCUUUCGUGGUCACCCUCGUAGUACUCGCCAUCCUCAUGGCCUUCUGGCAGUUCCAACCCUACCAACCCCUCCUCCCCUCCUCCAACAAUCUCUCCACCACCAACUGCCCUCAACUCAACUCCACCACCGCCGCCACCGAUGGGAAUUCCCUCUCAACAGAAAAGUUUUCUUCGUCGAUCUCCUCCAACAAUCUCUCCACCACCAACCGCCCUCUCCUCAACUCCACCACCGCCGUCGCCACCGUCGCCGCCGCCGCAGCCACCGGCGAUGGGAAUUCCCUCGCAACAGAAAAGUUUUCUUCGUCGAUCUCCUCCGCCGCUCCAUCUAAUGCAAUAAUUACUCCUUCCGUCCCCAACAAGCGGGUCUUCCUCCCCCACGGCAGCGCCGCGGCGCUCUUCGUCCAGAUGGGCGCCUACCGGGGGGGCCCCGCCACCUUCGCCAUCGUCGGCCUCGCGUCCAAGCCCACUCACGUCUUCGGCAAGCCCUGGUAUAAAUGCGAGUGGGUCCCCGAUGCCCCCGGUCGCCCACGCUCCCGCGCCAAGGCCUUCAAGAUGCUGCCCGACUGGGGCUACGGCCGCGUCUACACCGUCGUCGUCGUCAAUUGCACCUUCCCUUCGAACCCCAACUCCGACAACUCCGGUGGCAAGCUCUUCCUCUACGCCUACUACUCCCCCUCCCCGAGAAAAUACGAGAAGUUCGUCGCUUUAGAAGAAACCCCCGGCUCCUACGACGAGGCUCGUUUCCGGCCGCCGUACAAGUACGAGUAUCUCUACUGCGGAUCCUCUUUGUAUGGUAGCCUGAGUGCGAGGCGGAUCCGGGAAUGGAUGGCGUACCACGCCCACUUCUUCGGCCCCAGCUCGCAUUUCGUCUUCCAUGACGCCGGCGGGGUCAGCCCGGCGGUGCGCGCCGCGCUGGAGCCAUGGGUGAGGAUUGGGCGGGCCACGGUGCAGGAUAUCCGGGCGCAGGCGGAGUAUGAUGGCUAUUACUACAAUCAGUUCUUGGUGGUGAAUGAUUGCCUGCAUCGGUAUCGGCAUGCGGCCAAUUGGACCUUCUUCUUCGACGUCGACGAGUACUUGUAUCUGCCGGACGGGAACACGCUAGAGACCGUGCUGGGGAGGUUGGCGGAGUACACCCAAUUUACCAUCGAGCAGAAUCCGAUGUCGAGCAAGCUCUGUGUGCUGGAUCCCAAGAGGGAUUACUCCAGCGAGUGGGGCUUUGAGAAGCUGGUCUUCAGGAAUUCGAUCACCGGAAUACGGCGAGAUCGCAAAUAUGCAAUCCAGGCAAGAAAUGCAUUUGCCACGGGUGUCCAUAUGUCCGAGAAUGUCAUCGGCAAAACCACUCACAAGACAGAGUCCAUGAUCCGGUAUUACCAUUACCAUGACUCCAUCAAUGUGUUGGGUGAGCCAUGCCGCGAGUUUGUGCUGAUGCCAGCCAAAGGCAGUGUGACAUGGUUUGAGAAAAUCCCCUAUGUUUAUGAUGACAACAUGACACGCCUAGCUGCUACCAUCAAGCAAUUUGAGAAGCAAACAAUUGGACCAGUACAGCUAUAGCAUUCUCAACCUCAACCACCAAUUCUUUCAAUCCUUCAUUCUUGUGAUGCCAUGGACAAUCCAGCCAGCAGAUGUGGUGUCGAUAUAUAUUCUUCGAGGUUGCCAUGAACGGAUUUAUCUUCAGGGUGCUUGCCUACUUUCUUUGGUGUUCUGGCAGGGAGAAGCUGAUGGACAUAUCAAGGAGAGAAGGUAGAGAUGGGGAAUGGCAAUAGGACCCUUUAUUUACAUGUAAAGAUGUGGCUGUCCUCUAUUUUUUCUUUUUUAAAUAUAGUAGGGUUUGCAAGGUGCAUUAUUAUUGUGGUGCCUCAGUAUAGGCUGGAGAAACAGAUAGAUGUGUAUUUCUAGAGUCGAACGGGUCCAUUGGCCUUGGCUUUUCUUCAAAAACUGUUUCCAUUGUCCUUCCAUAAGUAACCAGGGCUGUAUCUUGGGAACAUUCUUUUGUAGUAUGAGCUUAGAUGGGAGCUUUACCCCCCUUUGAGAA